CCCUGGCUGAGUGGAUUCACAGACUUCCUGCUCAGCACUGGGCAGCCACACUGGUCCCAGGCUGCGGACACACACUGGAGAGAUCAGAAGUCCAGGCAGUGCCCAGGACAGGACGAUAGCCGCUGGGGGCAGCGACCUCAGCACCAGGAUGUCUAUAGAAAAUAAGAGUAUCUGUGACAUUGCACGUAGCCUCUUCAAAAAACAUAAGGUGGAGAUUUCUGACUCUAUAAACACAACAUUUCCUUUCCUUGAAUAUUUUAAUGAUCAUGGAUUCAUCACCAAUGAAAUAUACAAAGACUCUCUACAGUGUCUUACGAAACGAUAUGGUAUACAAGAAGUCAUAUAUGAUGUUCUCACUGAACUGGAGAAGACAUUUGACCUAUCCCUUCUGAGAGCAUUGUUCAGCAAGGUCAUCAUGAAGAAAUACCCAGAUUUAUAUAACAUUUAUAGAAUCUUCAAAACAGCGAUACCAGACCUUGAAUUAUCCCCAGAAUGUGAAAUGGAACAGAGGCCUGAUGUCCAACUGAGCCUUGAACAAGGAACUGUUAAAAAACUGUUGCCAAGCCUGACCUGGCUCUACCAAGAUCCCUCAGAUUACAAUGGUAUAGCCCCACCUGAAAAUGAAUUCGCAGAACUGCUCCAUGAAACACAACUGAUAAAUGGGAAUGAAACAAUAUCUACAACCAGUGAUGACAAGAGUGUACUAGAAACCCAACAAGCAAAUGAACAAUGUGCCCAAGAGUCUGAGCCAGCAGGAGAGGAGCUCUUCCACCAUGUAAACCAAAUCAAUUCCCGUCCUGGAGAUCUGAUGAAUCUAAAAAAGGAAAAGCCAUUUGUAAAUUCAGGGGUUGAAUGGCAGGCCCACGCAAGGAUUGAUGGUGACCGAGCGUCUGCUGCAAUAGUGAUCAGCAGUGAUGAAGAUGAGCCCACCAAAGCUUUCACUGGGGAACAAAGAAGGAGUCCUGGGAGAAAUCUUGAAGGGGCUUCAGGAGCCUGUAGCUCUGCAGGAAGAAGUCUUGAAGGACAUUCAGGAGCCUGUAGCUCUGCAGGAAGAAGUCUUGAAGGGGCUUCAGGAGCCUGUAGCUCUGCAGGAAGAAGUCUUGAAGGGGCUUCAGGAGCCUGUAGCUCUGCAGGAAGAAGUCUUGAAGGACAUUCAGGAGCCUGUAGCUCUGCAGGAAGAAGUCUUGAAGGACAUUCAGGAGCCUGUAGCUCUGCCGGAAGAAGUCUUGAAGGGGAUUCAGGAGCCUGUACCUCUGCCGGAAGACGUCUUGAAGGACAUUCAGGAGCCUGUAGCUCUGCGAGAAGUCUUAAAGGGGCUUCAAGAUUCUGUGCAGAGGUGAAGCAUCCAGGAGCCUUUAGCUGCACUCCGAAAAGUGAUCCUAAUAAGAAGGGUACCAUGGAUCUUGGAAACAACUCUACUUUAGGAAAGGCCAAGAAAAAAAUAAGAAAAAGAAAGCAUGAAGAAGAAAAUGUGGAUUUUAGCUCUGACGUACUUCCCGUGACCUGUGGUGACAUAAAAGGCAUAUUAUACAUGAAGAGAUUGGAACAAGGAACCACAAUGAAGUGUAUAAAAACCCAGGAUGGAAAUUGGUUCAACCCCAUUGAAUUUCAAGUCACAGCAGGCUAUCAAAGAUCAGGGGAUUGGAAGAGAAAGGUGUACUGCGGUGGGAAAACCCUACGAAACCUCAUUAAGAAAGGAAUACUACCUACACUUCCAAGAGUUUAUGGUAGAAGAAGAGAGUGGGAAAAUUCAGAGCUAUGUGACAUCUGCCUGUAUGGAGCAAAUCUCUUCCGCUGUGAUACUUGUUUGAGAUACUUUCAUGAGGACUGUCACAUUCCACCUGUGGAAACUGAAAGGAGCCCGUGGAGUUGCACCUUCUGCAGGAUGAGUGAGACCUCAGGAAGCCGGCAGUGUCUCAGGGAACCCGAGGUUCUGGAGAGGCAGAUGGGGCCUGAGGAACAGCUGAAAUGUGAGUUCCUCCUCUUGAAGACCUAUUCAGAGCGUGGCAUCGAGAUGAUGCCGCAUAAUUCUAGAUGCAUGAAUGAUCUUAGGAAGUUGAAGGAAAUUAAGACGAAGCUAUGUGAACGGGGUUACCCCAAAGUGGGGGGGUUUAUGCAGGCCGUGCACCACGUCUUUCAGGACCACCUGGCAUCUAGAAGGUGCAAUGACUUCUGCUUGGGAAUUAUACUGGAGAAAAAAUUCGAGCAGAAUUUCAAGAAUGUGUUUGCUGUUCAGUAAACAAGACAACACCAUAGAGACAGCAAAAUUAAAUUAGAAAACACUGAGUGAACAAAAUUAGAAAUUCAGCAAAAAAAAAAAAAAAAAGAAAUUAUGUCACAUACAACGGAGCCCCCACCAGACUAUCAGCUUAUGACUCAAUAAACACUUUGCAGGCCGAGAGAGAGUGGAUGAUACGUUGAAAAUACUGAAAGAAAAUAAUCGUUAACAAAGAUUAGUACUCAGCAAAGCUGUCCUAUAGAAUUACAGGAGAAGUAGACUUAUCAGAAGAAAAUGGAAGCUGAGGGAGUUAUCACCACUAGAACUGCCUUAUAGAAAUGAUCAAGGGCGUUCUUCAAGCUAAAAUAGAAGGAAUGUAAGUAACAUUGUAAAAACAUGACCUGAACUCUCAACUGCACACAGUUGGGUGCUCUUUCUCCCUUGGUUACAGGCACAGGGAAUUUAGAGCAGGAAGAGGUGGAAGCUGGGGCCCAAAUUCCUUGGAAAGAGAUGCUUCAGGAAUAAGUCCUUGAAACAAAAACCAAAUUCAACAACCGUAACGCAACCUCCUCCUUUAACAAAGAAAAAUAUAUUCUGAAGAUUUUCGGCAACAAUUUUUAUGUCUCAUACAUAUAGAUGGUUUUGAAGUAUUAACUUCAACUGAAAUUCUAGAAUAAACCAUGUAUUUUCU